AUGAACAGGACCCGAUCCUCUCUCUACGCUUCCAUCCCAAGCCUCUUUCACCGCCGCAACACCACCCGACCUCAUACCGAACCAGCCUUCGAAUCAAUCCCCGCCCCCUCCUACCCUUUCUAUCGCCGCCCCAGCACCCCUCGACAUGCCGCCACCGACCAAGGCUUCCUCCCGCACGUCCAGGUGCCAGAGCUGGAUCUCAGCUUCGAACAGAUUCCAAAUCAUCUCGAACUACCCCGCCUUUCUUCCCCGAGACGUGAGCUCUCAAGGACCGCCUCCAUGUCGGACAGGCUCUCGUCUCUCAGGCCGGACAGAGGAAUACGAAGCAUGACAAGUUCUUUAAGACGACGGAGAUCACCGCUUCAAAGCCGUGAAGAAGAUCAGGCGGCCAAUUUAUCACGGCUCCUGUCAGUGGCAGCAGCUGCAGCUGCAGCAUCUUUGAUGAGCGAUGAUCAUAGGGCCGUUUCAGAAGCCCGAAGUGUUGCUGGGGAUGGCGAGGACGGGACGUUCGACAGCUUCCUACAGGCUCUACAAAGUGGCAGGAUAGCUUCGGCCCUGAGACAAAGCAGCAAUCAAAAUGAGGAUGGCGUCGAUACACCAGGGGCAGGCCCGGCACCUCUGAACGUUUUCCGCAUGUUCAGAUUUGGAUCAUCAACGACAAAUCGCAGGAAUGAUGGAACUGUCAGAUUGAGGAGCAGUCGGAGCAGUGGCAUGGGGUCUCCGGAUAGUCAAGCUAGCGAUGACGACGAGCCCGAUGGACGUAUGGUUCCUAUCAUAAUCGUUGGAAUCCGAUCUAUCAACCCAGGUAGCUCUCCCUUGGAUGACAAUAUCCCGCCAUUCCUUGAUGCUCUCUCUACUUUUCCAACCCCUUUGGCUUCUCCCUCCGGCGAAAACACAAUCGAUGGUAUACUACGGCAACCCCAAAAUAGUACUAGAUUCAGUCACAGACGUCGGGCUUCUCUGGGGGGUAUGAACACGUUCCCAGCUGGAUACGACAGCCAAAGGCAUCAUCGGUCUCCAGAACGACCUCGGCCUUGGUCUACCUUUACCGACUCUCCUUCGGGUCCACUUCCUCCCCCAACUACUCCGGCUAGUGCCGGACUGUCCGCCGUUUCGUCAGGUGCUAACACUCCAGCACGCUCUGCAGCCUCCGCUACACCGUCUGUCCAAUCAACUAUUCCUUCUCGGCGGGAGAGUCUUGCACGAAGACCUACCGGAGCUAGCCUUGAGGCCACUGCAGAAGAGCCACAGUCACAACAGCGCACGCCUCGACAGCGUCGUUUAAGCGAGUCCGACUUCACGCGGUUUGGGUCUGGUGCUUCGAGGAGAAAUGGUGUCGUGGAGCCUGAUCAUACGCCUGGAGAAGGGGCACGAAGCUGGAUCAUCUACGUCUUAGGCGGCAGCUAUCCCGAGAAUCACCCGAUCUUGACUACUCCAAGCCUAUUCACCGACUCGCCUACUUACGAAGACAUGAUGCUUCUAUCUACAUUGUUGGGACCCGCAAAGCCGCCUGUUGCGAGCGAAGACGACGUUGCCUCUGCUCCGGGUCUAUACUGGAUACGUGGAAGUGCUGGAACUUUGGUUGCUCAAUCUACAGAUGGUUCCGAUAGCAUCGACAUUUCGCCGGAAGCACGGUGCUUGGUCUGCCUCUGCGACUUCGAAGUUGGGCAGGAGGCAAGAAAUCUAAUCAAGUGCGGGCAUCUGUUCCACCGGGAGUGUAUUGACCAGUGGCUCACAACAGGCCGAAACUCCUGCCCUCUUUGCAGAGGUCAAGGGGUGGACGAAAAGUCGGCUGAUCAACCCGACGUCGCCGAUGCCGACGCCCUACCCACCAUGAGGCCAUCAACUGUCUCCUAG